CCCCCGCGGCGCGAGCCCCGAAAAACCAGGCUCGGACCCUCCGCCGGCGCCCGAGUGCACGCGGCUCUCCGCCCCCCCCCUCCCGCCGAGGCCUGGGCAGGCCCCAGCGGCUGCGCGGCCGCGCCGUGGCCCGGCGGGCCCUGCAGGAGGGACGCCGGCUCCUCUGGCUCGUCCAGGCCGGCCGCCAACUCCUCGGCAUCCGCGGCCAGGGCCCCGGCCCCCACGGCACCCGCGAGGCCGAGCAGCAAGGAAGCGGCGGCGAGCACAGCGGCUGGCGUGCCGCUGGGCGGGCGCCGUGCGCCAGAGGGCUGCAUUGGGGGCGAGUCGGGGAGUCUGGCCAGAGCUCCCUCCUCUCGGCGCCCCUCGGGGGGAGCUGGCGGCGGGGGCGGGAGGGCACGCGCCGCGGCCCCGUGGGACGGAGGCCGCGGGGCGAUAAAUACGGAAUGCCGGGACUAGUGCUCGUGGAGAUCGCGUUGCGGCAGCGCGCGGGGUGGGGGAUUCCCCGCGACGCUCCGAGCCAUGACGGCU